AUGGGAAAAGACGUCGAGGCAAUUGACGAGAAGGCUCCGGCCAAUGAGCUGCCUGCCUAUGAUGGCGGCUCCCACCACGCCGCCCGCCGCGGCUCCGGCCUCGCGACUGACGUCCUGGCCGGCGAGGUCUUCGAGGGCCACGCCCAGUCGACCCAGAGAGGCCUGAAGUCGCGACACGCGCAGAUGAUCGCACUGGGCGGCACCAUCGGCACCGGUCUCUUCGUCGGUUCGGGCCAGACGCUAGCCAGAGGAGGGCCGGCCUUCAUCCUGGGCUGCUUCUGCCUCAUGUCCUUCCUCGUCUUCUGCGUCGUCACGGCCAUUGUCGAAGUCGCCACUUGGCUGCCCACGCCCGGCAGCUCCAUGAACCUGUUCGGCUAUCGCUAUGUCUCUCGCUCCAUGGGCUUCGCUCUCGGCUGGCUUUACUUCUACUCGCUCGGCAUCCUGGUUCCCUACGAAAUCACCGCCGCUGCCAUUGUCAUCGAGUACUGGAAUACCCCGGUCAACAUUGGCGUGUGGAUCACCGUCAUGCUCGUCGUCAUCGUCGCUCUGAACGCCCUGCCCGUGCGCUUCUACGGCGAGACUGAGUUCUGGUUUGCCAGCACCAAGGUCAUUAUGAUGCUGGGCCUGCUUUUCGUCUCGGUCAUCCUGUUCUUCGGCGGCGGUCCCUCCCACGACCGCCUCGGAUUCCGCUACUGGAAGGACCCAGGCGCUGCCAAUACCUACAUGGCUUCAGGCGAUACAGGCCGCUUCAUUGCCUUGCUCUCAACAAUGGUGCUCUCUGCCUUCCCCUUCGCCUUUGCCCCCGAGCUCCUCGUUGUGACAGGUGGCGAGAUGCAGAAUCCGCGCCGCAACCUGCCUGUGGCAGGACGUCGCUAUAUCUACCGUCUGAUCUUCUUCUACAUCGGUUGCGUCUUGUGUAUCGGUGUCAUCGUUCCCAGCAACGACCCGACAUUGACCAAUGGCGGCUCUGGUGCCGGCUCGUCGCCCUUCGUCAUUGGCAUGAAGCGCAACGGCAUCAAGGGCCUCGACUCAGUCGUCAACGCCGGUAUUCUGAUCUCCGCGUGGUCGUCAGGAAACUCCUUCCUAUACCUCUCUUCACGCUCCCUAUACGCCAUGUCGCUGCAGGGUUCCGCGCCCCGCUGGUUCAGCGCUUGCACCAAGUCCGGCGUGCCAUACCGUGCCGUCGCGACCAGCAGUUUGUUCUGCGCGCUUGCCUAUCUGAACGUCGGCAGUUCCGCUUCGGUCGUCUUCAACUGGUUUGUCAACCUCACCAACACCUCGGGCUUCAUUUCGUGGGUCUGCUGCGGCAUCGUCUACCUCCGCUUCCGCAAAGCUUGUAAGGUCCAGGGCAUCGAGUCCCAGCUGCCCUACCGCUCGUGGGUCCAGCCGUACGGCACCUACAUUUCGAUGACGGCCUUCACCUUCCUCUGCCUGAUUAACGGCUUCGACGUCUUCUGGCCCGAGAAUUGGAGCGCCUCCUCCUUCCUGACCGCCUACAUCGGCAUCCCCAUCUUCCUGUGCAUCUACUUUGGCCACAGACUCUCCCACAUGAAAGAGGCGUGGGUAUACGACUCUGCGGAAGUGGACUUGCACACCGGAUUGGAUCAUGUCAUUGCUGAGGAGACGCCGCCAAAGGUGCAGAAGAACAAGUGGCUGAAGCCGCUGACGCUGCUAUGGGAGUAG